AUGGGGGGGCUCUGUUUUUGCAUAAUGGCCAUUUUUAUUGAGGUUAGACCUGGGGCCCCAUGGGGGGAGGUUAACAAUAGUACGGGGCCCCGUGAUUACUGACGGUGGCCCUGCUUCCUAUCAUUCUCAGCUCUUGGGAACCCUGAGGGGUGCAAUCUCUAUAGCAGCUUCUUCUUGUAUCUCCCAUUAUUCCCUGCUUCUGUCAGGUGAUCCCUAUGGUGCCCAGACCAGGGGUGACUGGGACGUAGUUGGCCAACUUGCACAUUGGCACAAACAGUUCCUGCUGGGAGAAGAGGCAGCCGGCCGAGACACUCAGUCAUCUAAGUCUCAGGUUGACUUGGGUUCCUCCCGAGGUCUAUAAUCAUCUCUUUGGGUUUGAGAUGUUCAGAACCAGACCGUGGCUUUUGCCAUAUUGGGAAAUAUCCAUCGUUAUGUUGGAUGGGACUGAGCUGUAGUGUUACCUGCAUGGAGGGAGGACUUUGCAGUCGCCAUGAGAAGGUUGGCAGUUAGUCCGAGGGAAAUAGAGUAAAGACCCACCGAGCUGAUUCCCGGGAAUGCUGGGUCUGUUGUGCAGCUCAAUGUCAGAGCCCGUGUUUCUAAUGCUGGUAACCAAUAGGCUUCCAUUGAUUCCUUUAGAGCUUCAUUGUACUCACACCCUAGUACUUAUUAAAGGGAAACUAAACCCUGCGGCACAGCGCGGCUCAACCAAACGUUACUCAGCGUAGCCGGACUACAAAUCCCAGAGUAAUGUAACAUAUAAUUAUUAUUAUUGCCCCUCUCUGUAUCAGAGGGCAGAACCCGCAAUCGGGAGGGUAAGUUUAUAUCUGCACCCCCACUCAGCAGCUGUUAUGAAUAGUUGUUUUGGGUUGACUUGCCCUUUAAGGGAGGGUUUAUAUGAUUUUGCCCCCUGCAAACUGAAGCCUCAGGCUUUUAGUGGGAAAUAAGGCGGCAGCUGCUGCCUUGCUGGGGGUUAUCAGGCCGAAUGUCUCCCCAUUGCACCCAGGCACCCAACUGACACGAGCAGCACCCGGGGGUUUGGGCAAUAAUAGAAAUGGAUGCGCCGUGACCCCAAGGGGGGUAAUGAAUAAUAUUCCCAACUAUCUAAGUAUUUUACAUUCAACAAAAUGGAACAGAAAUGGAAGAUCCAGUUACACCCCCCUCCAUUCCCACUCACUGAGAAAGGGGGGAUCUAGUUACCCAGCUGGCAGCUAAUAAUAGUCCCACAGGAGGAGGAGGAGGAGGAGGAGGAAGGUCACGGCAAGCAGGACUCAAGCCACGUGGGAAGAAUGGAUCUCUAUAUCAAGAACUGGCCUGAUAGAGGGAAGAACCAGAGCCUCCUUGCUGCGGGAUAUCGAUUGGUCCCAUUCGGAUCAGAGAUCUCCAGUAGGAACAGAAUCAGAACAGCUGGGUUUAAUUCAAAUCAAGAUAUUUCAGAAAACCCCAGCCAAAUCCAAAGUCAAACAGGCAGGCUGCUGUACAAUGAAUGCGGUGGGUCAUCCAACCAGAAAUAUUCCAACGACAAGAGGUCUUCUGCUCUCCUCAAUGAGACCAUAAAACACAGCACUAACAAGAAAUGUCUAAACGUUUUGGGGAAGAGAAACAAUUCACAGAAUCUUAAAAUCAUAAAUUCAGGAUUAAACUCUCUCAUUAGUAAGAUGACUCCGCCCAGCAGAAAACUAAACAGGGUCUCUAAAAUGAGCAAUACUAUGAAACCUUUUAUCUGCCCAAAAUGUGGGAGGAGAUUUUAUAGCAAUAGGGACCUUCUCACCCACCAGAGAAUACACACGGGGAGGAGCUUUGUCUGCUCUAAAUGUGGGAAAUGUUUCUCUCACAGGAAGAUCCUCAUUGCUCAUAAAUGGGUUCAUACUGGGAGGAAACCAUUCACCUGCACUGAAUGUAAAAAGGGCUUCUUAUGGAACAGGGACCUUCAGGGACAUAAGAAGCAGCAUGAGAAGGUGAAAAUGGACAUCAGUCAUCCUGGGCCUCGCUCAGAAGGAAAUCCUUACGUUUACACUGAGAACAGGGCAAGCUGCCCAAAUAGGAGCAUCUCUAAAACUCAGUUUAAGACUCGCAGAAAAGACAAAACUUAUAUCUGUACUGAGUGUGGGGAAAGCUUCAGCCAUAGGGGUAAACUCAGGGUCCAUCUUCGCAUUCAUACGGGGGAGAAACCCUUUGUCUGUACUGAGUGUGGGGAAAGCUUCAGCCAUAGGGGUAAACUCAAUGUCCAUCUUCGCAUUCAUACGGGGGAGAAACCCUUUGUCUGUACUGAGUGUGGGGAAAGCUUCAGCCAUAGGGGUAAACUCAAUGUCCAUCUUCGCAUUCAUACGGGGGAGAAACCCUUUGUCUGUACUGAGUGUGGGGAAAGCUUCAGCCAUAGGGGUAAACUCAAUGUCCAUCUUCGCAUUCAUACGGGGGAGAAACCCUUUGUCUGUACUGAGUGUGGGGAAAGCUUCAGCCAUAGGGGUAAACUCAAUGUUCAUCUUCGCAUUCAUACGGGGGAGAAACCCUUUGUCUGUACUGAGUGUGGGGAAAGCUUCAGCCAUAGGGGUAAACUCAAUGUCCAUCUUCGCAUUCAUACGGGGGAGAAACCCUUUGUCUGUACUGAGUGUGGGGAAAGCUUCAGCCAUAGGGGUAAACUCAAUGUUCAUCUUCGCAUUCAUACAGGGGAGAAACCCUUUGUCUGUACUGAGUGUGGGAGGGGCUUCAGACACAAGGCAACCCUGGAAGAGCACCUUGGGGCCCACAAAGAUCUGCGACCCCAUUUCUGUACUGAGUGUGGGAAAACAUACAAGAACAAAAGAGGACUAAAUGCCCAUCGUCACAGUCACACUGGAGUGAAGCCUUAUGUCUGCAGUGAGUGUGGGAAAAUCCUUAGCUGUAAGUCUUCACUCACUAUUCAUCUUAGAUAUCACACAGGUGAGACUUUCCCUUGCACGGAGUGUGAUAAAUCCUUUAGACAAAAGAAAAACCUAAAAAGGCACCAAAUGAUCCACACGGGGGAGAAACCAUUUGAGUGCACAGAGUGCGGGAAAUGCUUCCGGGAAAAAAGAAAAAUGGAGUUACAUCGACUCAUUCAUUCUGGGGUGAAACCUUUUGUGUGUUUGGAGUGCGGCCAACAGUUCAGAUGGAAACAAGCACUUCAAUAUCACCAGUUAGGUCACACCGGGGAGCGGCCGUAUGAGUGUAGUGAGUGUGGGAAAGGCUUUAGGUCUAGUGGUGAACUUGAAGUACAUGUCCGGAGUCACACAGGGGAGAAACCAUUUAUCUGUAAUGAGUGUGGGAAAAGCUUUAGGGAACAGUCUGGCCUUAUUUAUCACCUUCCCAGUCACACAGGGGAGAAACCAUUUGUUUGUGUCGAGUGUGGGAAAAGGUACCAGGUGGCACGUAGGCUAAAGGCUCAUCUUCAGACUCACAUCAGAGGAAAGAGUUUUGAGUGCAAAAUGUGUGGAAAAUGUUACAAUACAAAGAAGGGUUUAAAUACUCAUCUUCUCACUCACACAGGGGAGUAAGUUGGGCAGUUCUACUUUAUACACAUGUUGGGGCUGAAGGGGAUAUGGUUUUAUUAUGAGUGUUUGAUCUUUGGAUACAUUGUGAGUGUAUUUCCUAUUGAACUGUUUCUUUAAUACUCAAUGUGGAGCGCUCCCCUGUUGUAUUGUUAUCAGGCGCCCUCUGCUCAGAGGAGGAGGAGGUGAUGGGGCAGUCACCUGAUUGGGAGAAGCAGCUCUGAAUCAGGAAGAGACCUGGAAGAGCCCCAUGUUCCUUUGGAGGACUCAGUUCUGAGUCAGGAGUGAGACCUACCCAUUAGCAGAUGACAAGGCAGGGAAACCCCACCUACAGGCCAAAAUAUACAGAAAGUGCCACGAUGACCAAGGGAAGAAAGAUUUAUAAAGACAGGUUUUCCAUCUUUGAAUUUCUGCCUGGGAUUUGCCAUCCAUGGGCCGGCGGCACUCUCUGCACUCGGGGUCAUUGCCCAUAAUACCGACUGCCGUGAAAAGCCAAGGGGACAGAUUGGUAAAUUCAGCAAAAAUCUAACAAAGCAUUGCAAUAUGUAUCUUAGGCCUCUUUUAUUAAUGAACGGGUGCAAAUGAUCCUUCGCACAUGAUCCUGCAUGUUGAAGCCUAAGGUGCAGCGUGUCUCUCCUAGAAUAGAGCAAAAGAACCAAAUUGGUUAGGGAGAGAGGGGCUAAAAGGAACCCUGGGGCCCUUGUCAAAUGUGAGACAGGCACGGAGAGCCUUAGAAAGUCCACAUGUUAGAGCAGAGCGCUCUGCCUGGGCUUCAUCCUGAGGAGGGACAUGGAAUAUUGUCUCUAGUCCCACAGGUUAGAGUGAGAUUUGCCCAUUUGUGGAAGUUGGGCCAAACACACUAUAGGGGUAAUUUACUGAGACCCCGACAGAAGUGCAAGAGCACCCCCCUUUAGGGGGCCA